ACGUGCCGCUGACAUACGCACACCACAAGGCAAGCGACAAGCAGUGUCAUUCACGGCCACCUGCAAGACAGGAAUCGGCAAGUGAGAGUGGCGGAGACCAAGGCACCAGCAAUACAGAAGGCCACGUUUGAGUGGGACGCACCUCCAGAGCGGUACCGGAGCGAGCAAUCACAGCAUUUGCGCUGACAUCGCCCGCUUGCGUGGCAUCAUCUCGCUGGACAUGUGUGACGCGCGAAUGCUCGGGAUGAUGAUGGAAUGCCCACGUCUCAUCAUGAGAGUUGCCAUCCACUGGAUGCCCUUGAUUGCGUCGACGGAGCAGAGCGUUGAUAACAUUGGCAAGGUUAUGCCUGGAAGCUGAAGAGAGGAAGGGGAGACGCUGCUCCGGCACAAGGAUGAUGGUGACAUGAGCAUCAUGUCUGCCGAAGAGAACGAACUCUUUGACACAGUAACGCACUGCCCCGAGAUGCCGCUGCACUAUCGCACUGCCAUUGGCGGUCCUGAUGUCAGCGAUGACCGCACGGCAUAUCCGUCGAUCCUCUUCGCACGUGCCCAUCGUUCAAGGCCGCCCCUGCCAGCCAUCUACCGCGCCAUCCGAACCGCCAUCCGUGACGGCCGUACAGCACCGAUGACCUGUCCAAGGCUUACCUCUUCGUUCCAUGCACCGACGUAUCGUGCUGAUUGCAUGCACAGCACGUACUCUGGCAACAUUGAGUCGAUGCAUCCCGUGAGCGCAGCCAUCGAGCGCAAUCUCUCCAGCUGAGGGGGUGGUUUGUUGUUGCCUGUGGUGCUGGUGGUGCUUGUGGGUCUUGAUGUCGUGCGUGUGAGAGGACCUGCGCUCGUGAAUGCCUUCCAAACACACACAACAAUACAUGUGAUGAUGCAUGGCAGACUUGCGUAUUGGAAAGAGGGCUGCAACCACAUCCUGUUUGAGUACAGCGACGCACCAUGUCUCCCUGGCAUGCAGAACACCCCAUUCUUGCAGAGGUUGGCCUGAGCGAAUUCCACCAUCGCAAUGGCCUCGGUGUGUCCAUGCCACUCUGCUCCCUGGACGGCAUUCAUUCACACCGGAGUAACGACGCGUUCCGCCCGCACAAACAGGAAAUACCUCGUCAUCUUCAGGGGCACCACCAAGUCUGCUCGCUCUCAUGUCAUGCUCAACCACCUCCCCAAGCUGCACAACGGCAGGGACAUUGUGUUGGUGUGCGCGUGCCAGUGGUUUGGCGAGGAGCGCAUGGGCCGUGAGGGGGAAGAUUGGAUAUGACCCCUCGUGUACGCAGGCAGAAGAAGAGUUCAACAAGUACACGUGCACGGAUCUGGCGCUGAAGACCAAGUUUGGGCUCAUCGUGGAUGGAUUUGGC